UGAACAACGUCAGAUGAUUUUCGUUCCCCAGCAACACCAAAAUAAAAACGAGACAUCCGCUGCCUUCUUUCUGAUUGACGCCGUGUGGGAAUAUUCGACCACUCAGUGAAACCGAUUUCUCUUUUUUAUUCUGAGUGACAACGUGGUAGUUUCUGUUAGCGGAACGGUUUAUAUUCUAGCACACGGAACCAGAAAAGUUGGAGGCGGAAAUUAAACCUGUAAACAAACGGUUACACUACGUGCACAUUGACCGUCUGCUGAGCCCAAGGAAAAUGUUUAAGAACACAUUCCAGAGCGGUUUUUUGUCUAUUUUAUAUAGUAUCGGCAGCAAACCUCUCCAGAUAUGGGACAAAAAGGUGAGAAACGGUCACAUAAAGAGAGUCUCGGACAAUGACAUACAUUCAAAUGUGCUGGAGAUUGAGGGAACAAAUGUCAGCACCACCUACAUAACAUGCCCCGCAGACCCCAAGAAGACCCUGGGGAUCAAACUCCCCUUUUUGGUGAUGAUCAUUAAAAACCUCAAGAAAUACUUCACCUUUGAGGUCCAGGUUCUGGAUGAUAAAAAUGUUCGCCGGCGGUUUCGAGCGAGUAAUUAUCAGAGCACGACGAGGGUGAAGCCCUUCAUCUGCACCAUGCCCAUGAGGCUCGAUGACGGCUGGAACCAGAUUCAGUUCAACCUGUCCGACUUCACCAGGAGGGCUUAUGGAACCAAUUACACAGAGACGCUACGUGUACAGAUUCAUGCUAACUGUCGGAUAAGGAGGGUGUAUUUCUCCGACAGACUGUACUCUGAGGAUGAGCUUCCAGCUGAGUUUAAACUCUACCUGCCUGUCCAGAAUCAGAAGGCCAAGCAGUAGAGCUUCUUGCGGUGUGCAGCCCCCCCCCCCCCGAUGUGAUUUGGAGUUUUAGUUGUGACAGCAUUAUAGACAUUCAGUGUUCAUUUAGUUUUGACUUUUUCGUGAGUCUCUGCACAGUUUUAAUAAAAUGGUCCACAUUGCAAAUACACGCAGUAGUUGUCUGUGUGUUGUCAGUUGCGGUGGAACUUCUGGCUCAUACAAUGUUAACUGCAAACAGCUUACAGGCCCACUGCUUAUUUUGUAAGUCUUUACCAAAAAGAAAGAGAUUUACUGUUCAAAAUUAAAAUUUGCCCAUAAAUACAAUUAAAUUCCAUGGUUUGUUGAUUUAUUUAAAUCACUCAGGCUAAAUGAUGUUAAGUCCUCUGGCUACAGGUAUUUUUUAAAAGUCCACCAUGUCCAUUAUUCUGGGGGGUUUUUUCAGUUUGCCACCAUCCUGUGCAUCCUAAAUAGUAUUUAUGAAUGUUAACCACCUUAUGCCCUUGUCUAUAUUUCCUUCUGACACAAUGCAGAAUCCCUUUAUUUUUUUCUUGUACUAGAGGUAUGAAUAUCAGCAGAAAGACUUAGUUUCAAUAAAUCGUUGUUGCUAUUAAAGCUGUAACACUUGACAGGAACAAAAUAUGAUCUUUACCUCUGGUCCUUUAAACAAAUAAGAUCCUGACACUUGCUUCUAUCUGAUUUUAAUCCUGUUAUUUUACAUGUCAGUAGUUUUAUAUUUGCUAAAAGGUUUCUCAGAUUUGGCUCUCUAUUAUAGAAAUAUGUUUAGAUGCUGUGAUGAUUGUGACAUUUAUUUUGAUUAGGCUAACUACUUCUAGCCCAAUCCCAUAAAAACACCUGUUAAUUUACAAUAUUAAUAAUUAUAAUUUUAGAUUUUGUAUUAAAUAAAUGCCUACCAGUGGUUUCUUUACAAAAUAAAUAUCUAUAAAAACAGAAUGUGUGUUUAGAUAAAAGCCUUUAUGUUAACAUUAUCAAGCUCUAGCCUGUUUGUUUUAGGCAGGCUUUUUCUGCUUGAUCUGCUUCAUUUUGUUUCUUCUGUGUUUUAUUCAGGUGUAUUUAUUACUUGUGCUGUUUAUUACCAGGUUGUAAUAAAGUUUUUUGGGAAAAAAAAAA